GAUUCAAACGUCAAAUUGCUCACAUUUAUUUUUAUUCUACAACUAAGAGCAAUCGGGGUGUGAUAACGUUAGCAGUCUGUUAAAAUUUUAUUCAGUUCGUUUAUGUGUUUCAAGUUGUAAUCAUGUCUUAUUGCAUCCGGGUCCUCAACCGCCAGGUGCCUCUUGGCCGGGCUGCGGUUGAAAUCCAGCAAAGAUGCUUCCAUGUAUCACCCCUAGUCUCAGCCGCCGCGAAGGUGGCAAUGAGCAAAUUCGACACCGAAACCUACCUUCCAUACGAAAAAUUAGAGUCGAACAUCAACAUUGUCAAGAAGAGAUUGAACCGACCCCUGACACUUUCAGAAAAGGUCCUCUACUCUCAUCUUGAUGAUCCAAAAGGACAAGAAAUCGAGCGUGGCACAAGCUACCUGCGGCUACGACCUGACCGAGUCGCUAUGCAGGAUGCUACAGCUCAGAUGGCCAUGCUCCAAUUUAUCUCAUCAGGACUUCCUCAAGUUGCUGUGCCCUCCACCAUCCACUGUGACCAUCUCAUUGAAGCUCAGAUUGGUGGCGAACAAGAUUUAGCUCGUGCCAAAAGCCAAAAUGAAGAAGUCUACAACUUCUUGAAGUCUGCUGGUGCUAAAUAUGGUGUCGGAUUCUGGCAUCCAGGAUCUGGUAUCAUUCAUCAGAUCAUAUUGGAAAACUACGCUUUUCCAGGAUUGCUCAUGAUUGGUACAGACUCUCACACCCCGAACGGAGGAGGUCUUGGCGGUCUAUGUAUUGGAGUUGGUGGUGCUGAUGCUGUUGAUGUAAUGGCCAACAUCCCUUGGGAACUCAAGUGUCCCAAAGUCAUUGGAGUCAAGCUCACCGGAAAACUGAAGGGCUGGACUUCUCCGAAAGAUGUCAUCCUGAAAGUUGCCGGAAUCUUAACGGUGAAAGGUGGUACCGGAGCAAUCAUUGAAUACCAUGGCCCUGGAGUAGAUAACAUCUCAUGUACUGGAAUGGGUACAAUCUGUAACAUGGGUGCUGAGAUUGGUGCAACAACCUCUCUCUUCCCCUUCAACAAACGUAUGGCUGACUACUUGAAAGCCACCAACCGUGCGGAUAUCGCGGAGCAAGCAGCUAAAUUCCAGCAUCUUCUCACACCUGAUGAAGGUGCCCCCUACGACGAGCUCAUCGAACUGGACCUUUCAACUCUGGAGCCCCACGUAAACGGACCUUUCACCCCCGAUCUUGCUCACCCGAUUUCUCAGCUCGGUGCUAAUGCCAAAAAGGCUAACUGGCCUCUUGAUGUCAAGGUUGGACUGAUUGGUAGCUGCACCAACUCAAGUUAUGAAGACAUGGCUCGUUGUGCCAACAUUGCAAAACAAGCCAUGGAAAAGGGUCUGAAAGCAAAAAGCGCCUUCAACGUCACACCCGGUUCUGAACAAAUCCGUGCAACAAUUGAACGAGAUGGCAUCGCUCAAACUCUUCGUGAAUUCGGUGGCACCGUCCUCGCCAACGCUUGUGGACCGUGCAUCGGUCAGUGGGACCGUAAAGACAUCAAGAAGGGCGAUAAGAACACCAUUGUGAGCUCGUACAACCGUAACUUCACAGGUCGUAAUGACGCGAAUCCAGCCACACAUGCUUUUGUGACAUCACCAGAGCUAGUAACAGCCCUAUCAAUUGCUGGAACUCUGGACUUCGACCCCCGAACCCACAAGCUGAAGGGUAAGGAUGGCAAAGAAUUCCUGUUGAACGACCCGUACGGUGAUGAGCUGCCAGCCAGAGGAUUUGACCCUGGCCAAGACACCUACCAAGCACCAACUGGUGGCGCUAGCGUCAAGGUUGAUGUUGACCCCAAAUCCAACAGACUGCAGCUUCUGGAACCCUUCGACAAGUGGGAUGGAAAAGAUUUGGAAGAUUUGACCAUCUUAAUCAAGGUUAAAGGAAAAUGCACAACUGACCACAUCUCAGCUGCUGGUCCAUGGCUCAAAUUCCGAGGCCACUUAGACAAUAUUUCUAAUAAUAUGUUCCUAACAGCAACUAAUGCCGAGAACGGUGAAAUGAACAAAAUCAAGAACCGUUUGACUGGUGAGUGGGGAGCUGUGCCAGACGUCGCUCGUGCUUACAAAAAGGCCGGUGUGAGAUGGGUUGCUGUAGGAGAUGAGAACUACGGAGAAGGUAGCAGUCGGGAGCAUGCCGCCCUUGAGCCAAGACACUUAGGUGGCCGUGCAAUUAUCGUCAAGUCUUUCGCCCGAAUCCAUGAAACCAAUCUUAAGAAACAAGGGCUGCUUCCUCUCACUUUCUCUGACCCAAAAGACUACGACAAAAUUCAGCCAACAGACAAAAUAUCUCUCGUUGGACUCAAGAACUUAGCUCCUGGAAAGCCUGUCAAAGCAAUCAUCAAGCACGAGAAUGGAUCCACGGAAGAAAUUCAUCUCAACCACACGAUGAACGAACAGCAGAUCGAGUGGUUCAAGGCAGGAUCUGCUCUCAACAGAAUGAAGGAGAUUGCCAAGAAGUAAACCACCUAACUUUAGUUAAAAUUAGCUGUCUUGACUUGAGACAAUGCUGCACAUUACCGUACACACCUCUAGUAUCUAAUGGAAGAACACUCUUCCGCAAUCGAAGAAGCUGACCAGACAGCAGUGGCGAUUCUUGAAAUUUGGCAACAUGUUUUUCCUCCUUUUAAAUUCAUGUACAACAAUCGAUGCUUAGUGAGAAAAAUUGCUUCACCUAAAGUCCAUGUUUAUAAUGGAUUCAAAUGGAGGAAAAACAAUGUUGCCAGUUUUCAAGAAUUGCCACUGCCAGAUGGAAGGAGGUAUAUUGUCUCACAUUUUUAGCACACAAUCAGCCAAUAUAAAGAAAAUUAAAAACAAGAGAUAGAAAGCAAAAUGUCUUUAAUCAUUUCAUUAAGUAAUUUUAAUAUUUGUUGUAUGUAUUCUUUUGGAUGGUUUAAUUUUACGCCUAAUAAUAAUACGCCUCUUCAGUAUUGCCAAUUUAAAUAUCCGAGAGGUUCUCAGGUCGGACAAGAAUUCAACCCUCUCUAUCAUGAGUAUCUAAGUUUGAUAAGUCAGUGCAUCUUUUCUUGUUUUUUAUAAAUAGCUGAUAGGCAAAUCAGAAAGAUCAAGAAAGUUUAAAGCUAUUUCAAAACAGGGAGAAAAUGAAUCAGAAUGGAAGUAGAUUUUGAAAUUUUUUGAUAAAUUUAAAAAGUGAGAGCUCUAAUUUCUCCCUAUAAAUUUUUUGCUUGAGCUGAAAAGUUUGACAAAUGCCUCCUUCUUUCUACAAAGCCUCAAAAUAAUUCAAGUUCAAUACUCUUUUAAAAUUUAGUAGCGAGGCUGGAUGGCAAAAAUACCCUGAUUUUCUCAUUAUUUUAGGAUUUUAACCAGAAAUUUUUCUCAUCCAGCUGGUCAUGCUUUGUUCCUCAAAAUUUAACUUUCUUUAAGUUCGCAACUAAAUGUUUUGUGAUACCCAGACCUUCAUUGUUCAAACCAUUAAUCAGCAGUCGAGGAAAAAGUAGUUUCCAAGCGCUAAUUAUACGAGUGUCUUAUAACUUUGUAACAAAUCCAUACUUUUUACAAAGGAGACGAUUUCGAAUCCAUUCCGCAUUUUUGCCUCAAUCCUCUGUAAGUCUAACGAUCUAUCAUUUUCUACCGCAAGCAGAUUGUCCCCUAGGUGUUUUAUUAUCAAAAUCUUAGGAACGAAUUUUAGCUGUAAAUUUUAAUGCUGGUAUUACCACUUUUAGAAUAAUGUUGAGUCAAUUUUAAGUUUAUUUUUAACUUGUUGAUUAUUGUGUAUAAUAUGUAAGUAAAAUGUUGUGAACUUUAGUAACUAUUGAGGGUAAUGUGAUUCAGACCACCUUUUGAUCAUUUUAAAGGGUACAUAUUCACGAUUGCAAUGAUUUCCCUUGACUGAAAAUGAGUAUCCCCAAGACUCUCCUGUGAGUAUGCAUAAAUUUUAAGUAAAUUCCCAUCACAUGCUCUUCCAAUUGUUUCCGGUUCGGAUGAAAUACAGGCCUGUAUUUCUGGAAAACGUUGCUAUGCAUGAAAAUAUCCUGCAACCUUCCAGCAUCAAUUUUUUCGAAAGGGUGAACAAUUAGAAGGAACCAUUAAAGGUAGAUUCAAAAGUUGAAACCUGUACCAUCAAGGAAGAAAAUAAUAAAAAAAUGAUGUUAUUUUCUAUCA